AUGGCAAAUGCAGUUAAACUAGUGUUUCCAAAUGCAUGUCAUCGAUUGUGCACUUGGCAUAUUGCCAAGAAUGCCGGCAAGAGAAUUGGCAGUUAUCUUGGAAAUCCUGAGUUCAAGAAACAGUUUAAUCAUUGUUUACAUGGGUGCACUACUGAAAUUGAAUUUCAAGUUUCAUGGGAUGACCUGAUUAGUAGAUAUAAUGUUGGAGAUAAUACUUGGCUCACAAAGUUGUAUUCACUUAAAGAGAAGUGGUGCCCAGCAUUUAGUAGGGACAUUUUUUCAGCAAAGAUUAGAUCAACUCAAAGGAGUGAAAGUACAAACAAUGUGUUCCAUCAAAUCUCUACAAACAUAAUGGAGCUCAUUGAAUUUGUUCAUCACUAUGAGAAAAAGAUAGAAGAGAUGCGUUUAGCAGAGUUGGAAGAUGACUACCGUUGCAAAAAUGGUGCACCGCGUCCAAAAGUAUGGAGUAAAAUGUUAAGAAGUGCAGCCAAGGUGUUUGAUACUAAUAAUAUCACUAGUUUACCCACUCAGUAUGUAUUGAAGAGGUGGACUAAAGAAGCAAAGAAAGGGAUUGUGGUGAGCAAUGAUACAGGUGGAGGAACAAGUGAGAAUUCAAAGUCUGCUAGAGUGUUGCGCCUUAGCGAAUUGAUGCAUGAAGGAAAUAAUGUGUAUGACAUAGCCUCACUAACUAGUUCAGGUACUAAAAUUGUCAAGGAUCUGUUAACAGAGGCAAUGAAGCGCCUUGAAAAAGACAAGGACACCCUGCACGUUUCAUUGAUGCAGUACAAAAAGGAGCAUUCUGUGAGAAUUGAAGACAUGUUUGGAACUAAUUUUGAUUGA